CACUAAUUCUUGUCUUCUCCGUUCAUACUCCCUCUACGCUCGUUCAUUCCAGGCCGCUGAGGACCCCAAAAUGUCAUCGAAUACCUCCAACAUCGUUUUUGACGACAUCUUCACGAUCAAUGCCAUUGACAAGGAGGGCAAGAAAUUUGACCGAGUCUCGCGCCUGUACGCGCAUUCAAAAAACUACGACAUGGACCUAACGCUGGACUACAACAUCGAGCUCUUCCCUCUCCAGAGCGGACAGUCCUUCGCGCUCGCGCUCGCGUCGUCGCUCUCUCGCGCACCACAAGGCCCGGCCGGGGCGGAGGACGAGGACAAGGACCGGGACGUGUGGCGGCCAGAUGCGAAGGGUAGGAAAGGGCUGGAUGAUGACUACGAGUAUGUCAUGUACGGCAAGGUGUACAGGUUCGACGGCGGUUCAGCAGAGAUUGUAACGGCGUACGCGUCGUUUGGUGGCCUCCUCAUGUCCAUCACGGGCUCGUUCAGACAUAUGACGAGCAUAGUGCUCGGCGACCCUGUAUUCAUCCUCCUUCGCCGGUAAUUUCACGGGCACUGCUUGGCCCCGUUGUACUUUUACUCCUCGGAUCAACGUGUGGACUGGCAUUCUU